AGUGUUAAACUUUUUUUACCAACUGUUUAUUGCUUGUUUUCCUUUUGCAGAGUGUGGUGGCCAUUGUUUGUAUGUAAGUUAAUUUCUUACUCAUGUUGAGACCUUAGAUUUGUGGGUAUGAUGACGAUGUGAUGACAAAGAUUGCAAAGGAUUUUUGGAUUUUGGGUUCUUUUUGUAGGAACCGAGGCACAGAUUAUGUACAACAAAAGAAACAAUACAACCAAACAAUAAAGCCCCCAGGAGAACUCUAUUUUUGGUUUCUUUGAUUCUUUUGUGAUGACGGUACCCGCAGAAAGACCCAGUUUUUAUUCUAGAGUAGGGUCAUGGAAUUGCAGCUGGGCAUGGUGUGUUAAGCAAGUGUGAGCUAGGGUAUGAAAACCAUCAACCAAAAAGGUACAGGGUAAACCCCUUCCCCCUGGGAACUUGUCAGACGUUUUCCAGGUGGGUCUUGUAUGGUUAUCUUCUGUUUAGAAGGAACAUGUUUGGCAAAGGUGUAGUAGGGUUUUGAUAUCAGAUUAAAACAUGUUUAAAAAAAGUUACUUUCCACAAAAGAGUAAAUACUGUAGAUGGUACUGUUUGGUUGAAAACAAGCUUUAAAGUCAAGACUCUUUGUAAAGUAUAGAGGCCUCAUAGGUGGGGGUGGGAGGGGAGUGUAUGUAUGUCCCUAGCCUAACGUUUCGCAUUUUGAGGAGUAGGCAAUGCCCUCUAUCUUGUAGUGAAUCCAUCUUUACCUCGUUUGUUGCCAUUUUAUCUGGUCUUAGGUCGCUGUUUCAAGGGCAUGUCGCUUUUCGGAAUUUUACUCUAGCUGAGCCCCAGUAUAGUAUGCCAUCAACUGAAUAAUAAUACAAUGUAUCCUAAAGAGAGUUACUUUUUUGUUUCAGUGUUCUUUUAUGUACUUGCUCCUGUACCCACUGUUAUAGCCAAACGGUUCACUGAAGACUUCUCUUCUAAUGCUUCAAAGUAAGUACAGUUUGGACUUUUCAUAAAAGAAAACACUUAAUUGCAGACAUUUCAUUUGAUCAUAAAGUUGCCAAACUUCUUACCAUCUGUACGUCUAUAGUACUGACAUCUCUAUUAUGGACAGUUUGUUUGAUUAGAUCCCAGAGUUGGUUUGUAGAAACGUCAAACUUUAAGUCAUUGACUAAGUCUGUUUGCUUAUACAAUAAAUAAAUUUCUCCCACUUCACAAGUAAACAGGAGGAACAAUAGUUCAUUAAAUUUCAAGCAAAUUUGUUUGUCACUCAUAAUUUUGCAUGUAUGCAUUAUCAUCCUUAGCGUAAUCAAGGAAACAGCAAUGUUUUUUACUGCAGGAAACGUGGUCUCUGCAUUUGGUGAGUAUUCUUUGUUGGUUUUAAAAAUUAUUUUAGGAUACUGUUAAUUUCCAAACUUUUAUUUGACAUGUCGGAGUUUGUUAAAAUACUCCUUUGAUCCAGUAGACUUGUAACACUUCUAAACCUCUAUUUUCACCAGUCUCCUUUACUGUCAGACUCAGAAAACUGUGAACACUUGAAAAAUUUCAGGAAUGUUGAUUGUGUAAUGGCCAAUCACAGUAAAGUUCAUGACAUGCAAGCAAAUCUCAAAACCACAAACUAAUUGCCGUUAUUACUAUUUGCGGUUUAGUUUAAUUUUCUCCCUCCGUAUUGGCUUUUUGGGUGAAAAACAAUAGUAUUCCAUAAAUAUUUCUGGUGUUUCACAGUACAAAAAAGUUUCACAGUAAAAGCCUGCAAGGCCCAUUGUUUUAACAUUAGGUGCACUGUGUGAGGCCCUGCCAGGGGGUGGGGGUCCCAUGUCGCCCGUCUGAAUUUUAAAACGUGUUAUGUCGGUGUUUAUAAUUUACAAUUUGGCCAAGGGAGGUUGUCUCUUGUCGCGAUUUCAUUUAACGCGCUGUAGCUACUUUUUGGGUCAAUGUCGCUUGUCGGAAUUUACCCUGGCAGGGCCUCUUGUGUGGAUCUUUUAUCUGGUUUUUUAUCAAACCAGUGACAGUCCUCAAGGCAAAUGGUGUAGGUUUGCCGCUUUGAUCAUGAUUAUGUUAAAGGCUACAAAUAAAUAGGUAACUAGUGUAAUAUAUUAUCAAUAUUAUUAUUAGAAGUGGGAAUAACUGAGUGCACUUUAAUCUUCUAGGUCUACCCAUAGUUCUUGCACGCUGUGAGAUUGUAAGUACCUUAUUGAAAAACUUGUCUAAAACAAUUUUUUUACAGUGCAUUUACAGUGUAUUCACCUCUGGAAUAAUAAUUGUUAUUUCAUUAGGUUAGCUGCAAAAUUGUUUUCCUCUUGGAUUGAUAACAGCUUAAACUUUAGUACAAUUAAACCCAUUUAAUACAGACUCGGAGGGGGCAGUAGAAAGUGUCCACAUUAAUGUAGUGUCCAUAAUUAUUAAUGUAGUGUCCUUAUUGAUGUAGUGUCCCUAUUAAUGUAGUGUCCUUAUUAAUGUAGUGUCCAUAUUAAUGUAGUGUCCUUAUUAAUGUAGUGCCCACAUUAAUGUAGUGUCCAUAUUAAUGUAGUGUCCUUAUUAAUGUAGUGUCCUUAUUGAUGUAGUGUCCAUAUUAAUGUAGUGUCCUUAUUAAUGUAGUGUCCUUAUUAAUGUAGUGUCCAUAUUAAUGUAGUGUCCUUAUUGAUGUAGUGUCCUUAUUAAUGUAGUGUUCAUAUUAAUGUAGUGUCCAUAUUAAUGGAGUGUCCUUAUUAAUGUAGUGUCCUUAUUAAUGUAGUGUCCAUAUUAAUGUAGUGUCCUUAUUAAUGUAGUGUCCAUAUUAAUGUAGUGUCCAUGUUAAUGUAGUGUCCAUAUUAAUGUAGUGUCCGUAUUAAAGGGGUUGUGUCACGGCAGUCCAGUUCAUUAUGUUUAAUUUUGCUAAUUACUCGCCCUCAAUCGCUAUGGAACUUAAAGUAAGCAAAGAAAUUACAUGGAAAUGACAAAAUCAGAGAUUUGAGACGAACAAAUAUGUCUCCUGAGCAUUAUUUUUGAAGUUGCAAACAGCAGAGAUCAACUUUGAAAAACUGUUAGGCUGAACAGUUUUCAAUAACCCUAAUUUCAGUCCGUUUCAGUCUUCUUCAGUUUUGCCCAUCCGUGGCAUCUGUUGUAUCUGUUGUGUUAUUUUAACCUUCCUUUAAUGUUUUAAGUGGUUAUUUUUACAUUUCUCUUAAUUUAACGGGCAUUUUGUAAUUACCUAAUUUGGCUGAAUUUCUUGACACAGCUCCUUUAAUGUAGUGUCCGUAUUAAGCGGGUUUAAUUUAGAGAAAAUUUACUUGGGCUUUCUUCCUCCACGGACAAAGAAACUGUCUGUAGAAAUGAGGUGUCAGUAUUAAUCAGGUGUCUGUAAGGCGCGGUUUGACUUUAACACCUAUUUAACUUAUUAGAAUAUAUCCUGCAAGACAAAAAAUAAUUCCUGUAUUUUUCUAAGAGUUAGUACAAUGAGCAGAGCAUGUGAGUGCAAGCAAAGUCUCUGCCUCAUGCUUACUUGCACUCACUUCUUUUGCUUGCUCUUUUAUCUCUGAGAAAAGUAAAGGAUUUGCCCAGUCUUUCUGACUGAUUAUGGUUAUGUUACAGCCAUGGAUCAACUUAAAGAAUGGAUGGUUUCUAACAAACAUCUUGGUCCUCCUUUUCAGAUAAAGUGGGGAGCAACAGCAUUGGUCCUUUCUGGAAAUGUCUUCAUCUUUGUAACUAUUCUGGCCUAUUUUCUCAUUUUCACUGGAGAAGAUGAUUGGGGAUUUUGA